AUGCGACUCCGCCUCAUGCACAUGCGGACAGCCCGGCACCACCGAAUGCACAUGCCCGGAACCAGCAGCUGCAGGAAGACCUCAUCCAAGUGCAAGUGCGGCGAUAAGUGCAAGUGCGGCGACAAAUGCGAAUGCGGCGACAAGUGCUCCUGCGCUGACAAGACGGCCGAGGCCGAGUCCUGCUGCAGCACCAAGAAGGCUGCUGGGGCCGAGUCCUGCUGCAGCACCAAGAAGAAGGUUGCCACAUGCAAGUGCGGUGACAACUGCAAGUGCGAGACUUGCAAAUGCAAUGAGGGGUGCAAGUGCGGUGACAACUGCAAGUGCGAGCUUUGCAAGUGCAAUGAGGUGUGCAAGUGCGGCGAUGCAUGCAAGUGCGUUGAUUGCAAGUGCGACGCGACCAACCGGUGCGGCACUGCUUGCGCCUGCUAA